GGUGGAGUGAAAUUGGAGGGAAGCCACUGCGCUGCCUUGCUGGUGGGUAGCGACCACUAAGUGCCCCAGCCAGACGCAGUCCCACUCGCGACCUUCCCGCAGGCGGCGCCAGAGGGCAUUCCCGCCUCGUGACUCCAGUCCAGAGUCCUGCGGGGCGUGGCGAAAGGCGGGCUCUGGCGUCUCUGAGCGACGGAGCGCAGCGACAGUCUCGCCGCUGCAGUACACAUGGACGCACGGACGCACAGACGGGCGGCGGGAACCCCCAGGGCCCUGGCGGAGCGCGCGGGGCGCCGCUGUUGCCUGGGCUGGGACUUCAGCACGCAGCAGGUUAAAGUUGUUGCUGUUGAUGCAGAGUUGAACGUCUUCUAUGAGGACAGCGUGCAUUUUGACAGAGACCUUCCGGAAUUUGGGCUCUGGACCUGAUCCUGGGGAAGAUGAAGUCUUCUGGCUUUGACUUCUCUCAAGUUCUAGCCUUAUCUGGAGCAGGCCAGCAACACGGAAGUGUUUACUGGAAGACUGGAGCCAGCCUGGCCCUGUCAAGCUUGUCACCAGCUCUUCCAUUACAUCAGCAGCUGCAGAGCUGCUUCUCCAUCAGCGACUGCCCAAUAUGGAUGGACUCCAGUACCACAGCCCAGUGCCACCAGCUGGAGGCUGCCGUGGGUGGGGCCCAGGCUCUCAGCUGCCUCACAGGAUCCCGGGCCUAUGAGCGUUUCACGGGGAACCAGAUAGCGAAGCUUUUCCAGAAGAACCCUGAGGCCUACUCACACUCUGAGGGCCUCAUGUAGCACAGGUUGUUCUCAAAUUCUCUGUGAAGCUGGGGAUCCUUUGAUCAGGGGUUCUCCUGUCUCCACCUCCCAAGAGUUAGAAUUGCAGACGCAGAAGUGGAGUGAGAGAAUUUCCUUGGUCAGCAGCUUUGCUGCCUCGCUGUUCCUGGGUGGGUACUCGCCCAUCGACUACAGUGAUGGGUCCGGAAUGAAUCUGUUGCAGAUCCAGGAAAAAGUCUGGUCCCAGGCUUGUCUGGAUGUCUGUGCUCCCCAUUUGGAGGAGAAGCUGGGCUCACCGGUCCCUUCCUGUUCAGUUGUGGGAACCAUUUCUUCCUACUACGUCCAGCGCUAUGGAUUCCCUCCAGGAUGCAAAGUGGUGGCCUUCAGUGGGGACAACCCAGCGUCACUGGCCGGCAUGAGGCUGGAGGAAGGAGAUAUUGCGGUCAGCCUGGGCACCAGCGACACCCUGUUUCUCUGGCUCCAGAAGCCCAUGCCUGCCUUGGAAGGCCACAUCUUCUGCAACCCAGUGGAUCCGCAGCAUUACAUGGCGCUUCUAUGCUUUAAAAACGGCUCCCUCAUGAGAGAGAAGAUCCGAGAUGAGUCGGCCUCCUGUUCCUGGAACAAGUUCUCUAAGGCCCUGAAGUCCACGGCGAUGGGGAACAACGGAAACUUGGGUUUUUAUUUCGAUGUAAUGGAGAUCACCCCUGAAAUUAUUGGGCGUCAUAGGUUUAAUGCGGAAAACAUGGAGGUUUCAGCAUUCCCUGGGGAUGUGGAGAUCCGAGCACUGAUUGAAGGACAAUUCAUGGCCAAGAGGAUUCAUGCAGAAGGCCUAGGCUACAGAGUCAUGCCCAAGACAAAGAUUCUGGCCACGGGAGGAGCAUCUCACAAUAAAGACAUCUUGCAGGUGCUUGCAGAUGUUUUUGGGGCCCCCGUAUACGUCAUAGACACCACCAGUUCAGCCUGCGUCGGCUCCGCAUACCGAGCUUUUCAUGGCCUUGCAGGAGGGACAGGUGUGGCCUUUUCGGAGGUUGUGAAAUCAGCACCUCAGCCCAGCCUGGCUGCCACCCCCAACCCAGGAGCUUCCCAGGUCUAUGCGGCCCUUCUCCCUCGAUACUCUGCACUGGAACAGAGAAUCUUGUCCACCGCCCAGAGGCCUCUGGAAUGAAUUCUUCCGGCCCAGACACCCUGCUGCCUCCCCAGUGGCACUAGUCCUUGUGCUUGGUCUGAACAGCUCGGCUGUGCUCUGUGGAGCGCUCCUGCCCUGUCCUGGACCAUCCUGAAGCCAUGACUCCUUGGAGACACGUGGGCUACAUGUCCUGGGAUGGAAAAGCAAUUUCUCCUUUUCUGUCUUUCAUUCAAGAAAACACUGUAGGGUAUGGCCACCAAAGACAGCCAUGUUCCCCUUUUAAAGGGACCAAACAGCAGAACAAAGGGACCAAACAGCCUUUCCCUGACUCUGACCACUCCUCCUUCCUCACCUUCAGCCACCUCCCCUAUUCUGCAACCUCCCCCUCCAUCCUUAAACCAGACUAAAGCACUUCUCUCCUGCCUGUGACCCUCCUGUUUCUGUAAGUGUCUUCCCGGGGCUCUCUUCUCUCUGCCUAUCUCCUCCUUCAUCUUCCCUCCCUAUAUGUACCUGGUGUAACUUCCCACUCAAGACGACCUUCAUUGGCCUGGUGAAUCUCCUUCCUCCCCUCCCCCUGCUCUGCCAUAGAGACUUCCUGACUGGGUUUCCUGGGUGACAUCUCCUAGGCUAAGCACUUCCCAGUUCACACAAUGACAUAAUUGUGUGUUUCGUGAAGUUUCUAAAUUCUGGCUUUCUUUUUCUUUUGUUUCUUUGGAGCCAAAGAUGACCUUAAGCAUAUGAUCUUCCUGUUGCCACCCCCCAAGUAUGGGCCACCACACCUGGUUUAUGCGAUAUCAGGGAUUGAACCCAUGCACUCUAGGCAGGCACUCUACCUGCCGAGCCACACACCCAGCUUGGGUUCCCUUUUUACUUGGCAUACUUUGUGACUCUCACUUCUGCACAUCCUACUAUGUUUGAGCUGUGUCCUCCCUCUCCACCCCUGUUUUACUUGUCCUCGCUCCCAGAUCACCCCCCAAAGUUUUCCUCUGCCACAAGGCUGGGCUGAACUCAGGACCACUGGAUCUGACAGGUGGCAAGAUCAGAUGUUGCAGACAGGUGGGAGACCAGGAUCAGAGCACUGACUACUGGGAAAUCAAAAGGGCAGAGCACAGAUGGAAAGAGAGUUGUGUGUAGACAUGAGGUCGCUUGGAAGGCUCUGCCUGUGAGCGGGGGAGAAGCAACAAUCGGCCAUCUUGCCCACAGCAAACUCACAGUGCAGAAGGAAACGGCCAUUGGGCUGUGGCUUCUUACAGAGGGUUUACACUACCAACCAACCGCAAAGGCAUCUGGGACCACAAAACAGUUAACCAGGACGACAUUCCAGCAGAUCCUACAAUAAGUCAGACAAUUGUGGAUGAAAAAGGCCACCGUAAGUGACAACUUAAAAAACAAAUCCAAAUGGAAACACAGCAAGCUUAUGUGAGAAGACACUGAUCCGGAGACCUGACAGGAAGUUCAAGGAGGCGCCAGGAAAGAAGGGAGGAGAGUAAAGACAAGAUCCCUGAUGAUAUUUAGGAUUUCCCAAAAUAAACAUAAUUUUGAAAACACCUAAAAUCCACCUCUCCUUGCUUCCCUGUUGUUGGUGCAGGGGUUUGAACCUGUGACUUUGAAAAUGCUGGGCAAACCCUCUCUUACUGAGAUGUUCCACAGGCUUCACAAACGUGUUUUGAAAGAGUCUACCUUGUAAUUUAGAAGUGGUCUAGCAGUGUUUUGAGAUUUGUAUAUCACUGACCCAACAUCAAAAGGCUUAGACCGUAAAACAAAAUGAGGCCGUGUGGGGGUAGGGAGGGUGUUUGGUGGAGAGAUGCCUCAAGGGUUAAAAGCACUGGCUGUUCCUCCAGAGAACCUGAGUUCUGUUCCUAGCACACACACAGCAGCUCACAACUGUCUGUGACUCCAGUCCCAGAAGGAUCUGAUGGCCUCUCUAUACUCCAAGUGAUACACACACACAAGAAGGAAGACAGCCAUACAUAUAUAAAAAUAUGGUUAAGGUAAAAAUAAAGUUUGAAGAAAACUCU